AUCAAAAUGAUGGUUCAUCUAAUAUAACAAACUCAUCUUAAUUUCUGAUCUUCUUCUUCAUCAUCUUCAUCAAGACGACAUCAACUAAAAAGCACUGAAUUUAAUGAAAAAUUUCUAAUCAAUCAAUGAGAAACGAAAUGAAAUGGAACCCCUGACCUCCUGCUUUCGUUAUGGCCGUAUACUGUGGGCCCAAAUUCCUGCUGUUACAUGUUUUCACGUGUCCCUGAUUAUUCAUCUCGAUCCGUAAUACAUCAUCAUCAGCCUAUACUGCAACACCAGCUAGUUAUUUGCAUAGGAUUCUAAAUUUUUUGCUAUAGACUAGUAGGGAACGACAAAUUAUACUCUUACAUGAGAGAGAAGAAGUUGUAGAGAAAAUAACCAAUAAGACAUGAUGAUGAGUAGUGAAAAAACACAGUAAAGAGAUUCGUUGGAUUCACAGCUCAAAAAAAAAAAAAAUCUCGACUUGCAACUCAAAAAACACGAGAAGUGGAAUUUUGUAUACUCCAAAAAUGUUUAAUGGAGUUCCUGAACAGUUCCAUCAAUUCAUAGCAUCAAGAACAACAACACCGUUACCACUUUCGCAUCCUUUAACUCUUCCUCUUCAUGUCUCCCCGUCUCCUCCUCCUCCAACUUUCUCUAACUUCAUUGACCCGCAACAACUUUCUCACCAACAUCUUCAACAACAUCAGCAUCAUCAAUUGUAUCAGCAACAGUCUCAUCUUCUCCAUCAACUUCAUCAGCAACAGCAACAACAAUCAGCAUCAACAGUACAGCAAGUGGUAGUGCAUCAUCAUCAACAACAACGUCAAGAUGAAGAGAAAGAAGAUGAAGAACAACAGCUACGUGAAAGAGUAAGAUCUGUUUCUGAAAUGGGGGAUCCAUGGGAGAAAGAAGAAGUUCUUGCACUAUUAAGAAUCAGAUCUAGUAUGGGUCAUGGUUUUUCUGACUUCAUUUGGGGUCAUGUCUCAAGGAAACUAGCUGAGCUUGGGUACAAAAGAAGUCCCGAAAGAUGCAAGGAGAAAUAUGAGGAAAUGAAUCAAUAUUCUAAUGAUACUACUCCUACUGCUAACUACAGUAGUAGUGGUAAGAAUUACAACAGAUCAUUUAGCGAACUUGAAGCAUUGUUUGAAGAUCAUCACCAAAACCCUAAACCUACUGCCACAAAUACUUCAGUAGUUGAUAAUGAAGAUGAGAAGAAUAAUAUGGUAAGAAGUAGUAAUGACAAUGCUGGUGGUGAUGAUGAUAGCCAAGGGAAAAUUGGUUUAAAUAUGGAAGAGAAUUCAGGAAAUGAGACUUUAGAAAACCCUUUUGUGGAAAAUGUGGUGAAGAAACAAACUAGAAGUAAGAAGAGAAAAAGACACGAUCAUAAGCUUGAAUUACUUAAAGGAUUGUGUGAAGAAAUUGUGAACAAGAUUAUGAAUCAACAAGAAGAGUUACAUAAGAAGCUUCUGCAAGAUAUGGAAAGAAAAGAAGAAGAAAGGGUUAGUAGAGAAGAGAUUUGGAAGAAGAAAGAAAUGGAUAGAGUCAGUAAAGAGAUAGAAAUGAGGGCAAAAGAACAAGCUAUUGCAUGUGAUAGAGAAACUACAAUCAUUGAAUUCUUGAAGAAGUUUACAUCAAGUAUUUCAUCAUCGUCAUCACAAAAUAACCAAGAUGAUCUAUCAUUGAAGAUUGAAAAUAUCAUAAAAACAUCAUCACGGAAUCCAACUUCAUCAUCAUCACCUUCAAUAAUUCUAUCAUCAUCAUCAGAGAACCCAAAGUCUGCCAUCUCUAGUGUUCUAGUACCCACUACUCAAAACACCCCAAAAGUGCCAACCUCAUCAUCUCAUGUAGCCACAGCAACCAACAGAACACCUAGUCCUACUCAUAGCAAUCAAAAAAUACCAAAUUUGUCUCAUUUGGACCUAGUCUCUGAAAACCCCAAUUCUAUUAUUACUACCCAAAACAAUAACCAAGGUGAUGUCACUUCUUCAUCCACUACCACUGCUGCUGCACUAACAGUGUCAUCACAGGAACCAGGUUCAACAUCCAAUAAUGAUAGGGAAGAGAAUGGAAAAAGAUGGCCACGGGAUGAGGUUUACUCAUUGAUAAAUCUUAGAUGCAAUCUAGGUAACAGUUCUAGUAAUGGUGGUGAAGACAAAGAGAACACCAAAAUUCCAUUGUGGGAGAAAAUAUCUCAAGGAAUGUCUGAAUUAGGUUAUAAAAGAAGUGCAAAGAAGUGUAAAGAGAAAUGGGAGAAUAUUAACAAGUAUUUCAGGAAAACUAAAGAUACAAACAAGAAAAGAUCUUUAGAUUCUAAAACUUGUCCAUAUUUUCAUCAACUGAACACUUUGUAUAAUCAAGGAAGACUCACAUUGCCUUCGGAUGGACCGGAUAAUCAAUCAUCAGCUGGUAAUUCAACAGAAAACCAUCCCGAGUCACCGGAAAGAGUGGUGAAUGGUAGUAAAGAGGAAGGAGCUGGUGACGAGAAGAACAACAAUUCUGCUCAAGUUUCAGCACCAUUAGAGUUUGAAUAUUAGUUAAAUAGUUUCUAUUAAUACUAUUAUAUUGUAGUUAUUAGUAUAGUUAAUCCUAGUAAAUUUUUAAAUAUGUUACUAAAACUAGUAUCAUUUCUUAUUGUUUUUAAUUUAAUCCAAGUUAUUAUGAAUCGGAAAAUGUAGGCAAAUAAUUUAAAACUGAUUAAU